AUGCCACACCAAAGGGAAAUUUACAGGACGCGUCCCAGCCUCUCCUUCCAUCAUCGGCACUUCUUCCCCACAAUGUUCAACACCACUCUGAACCCAACCACCAACUUCUAUGAAAACUCUUCCACCCCCGGUGGACCUCCACCAUGGUACCAGUUCCCAGAGUGCGCCGUUUCCCCUUACGGCUUCAUUUUCUACUUUGGGGUCAAGGUGUUCAACCUGGCAGUGGGGACGCCCUGUAACAUCCUGGUCAUCUGGCAGAUCGCCACCAGGAAAAGUGACACGUCCACCUCUGACAUCUUUAUCUUCAACCUGGCCAUCCUGGACGCCUACUUCUGCGUAAUGACACCCGUAGAUAUGGUCAACCGGCUGCUGCUGGAUGACAGUCGCAUUUGGUACUUUCAGAGGUUCGCAUAUGGGAUCAAGGACACAGCCCCACUCUUUCUGGUGUGUAUCUGUCUGGAUCGCUACAUUGCUGUGGUCCACCCAGUACUCUUCACUGGUGUUCAAGACAAUAAGAUGCGCAUUGGAAUCUCUGCGGUGGUCUGGGGCUUCAUUCUGGCUUACGGCCUCACCAAGUGUGUUCUGGGAGUCAUGAGCGUCAACGAGGUCUUCAGCGGCGUCAUCCUCUUUGCCUUUGCGGUCAUGCUCUUCUGCAACAUCUCCAUCAUCUGGGUCCUCAGACGUUGUGUGGCGGGAAAGGAGGUGAUGCACCCGGUAAAGAAGAAGGCCUUUAAGAUGGUGCUGAUCAUGCUGGCCAUCAUCGUGUCCAACUACCUGCCGCCCAUAGCUCUCAUGCCCUUCGUGUCCUACUACACCUUUGUGGCGUUUCGCUGCCAGAUCAGCAUCAGCGUGUUCUCCAUAAUGGAUCUGAGCAGCAGCGUUGAGCCUCUCCUCUACAUCACCAAGAUGGAGCGUGUGGAGGGCAGGUGCUGUGGAGGGAGUUUCUCUAAGAAGCCACACGAUGUCAAGGUGUGA